UUGGAUUCUAGGGCUUAUGGGUUUCUAGGUCGAGGCAGCCAUGCUUGUGGAUGUUCCAAGCGCAAUGGGGGAGAGGGUUUUGCAAGAUCAGCGCUGCGGCUGCGAUAUUCUCGGAUGCGCUAGCAGCAGCGGCGCCAGCACCGCAGUCCCGGCUAAUCGCCUGGAUCAAGGAAUGCGGCGGCGCCAGAGAUCUGGAGCGAGGGCGGCGCAUCCACCAAGAGGUGAUUCGCAACGGCCAUGGCUCCGACCGCGUCGUGCUCAACAGCCUGGUGAGUAUGUAUGGGAAAUGCGGCAGCCUGGAUGAUGCGAUCCAGGUCUUCCACGGCAUGGGGAAGAAGAAUCGCGAUGUGGUGUCGUGGAAUUGCUUGAUGCUGGGCUAUGCCGAGAUUGGGGAUGGGGAAGCCUGCCUGGGUUUGCUGGGAGGAAUGCGGGAAGAUGGAAUCCGACCAAAUGGAAGAAGCUUUGUGGCUGGGAUCAAAGCCUGCUCGGCCAGGGGGGGAUAUGAUCGAGACAAAGGACAGAUGGUUAGCUUGAGAUCGUUGGAGAUUGGAAUGGGUCUUCAUUCCCAGGCUCGCGAGAGUGGAUUCGAGUCGGAUAUUUUCGUGGCUGCCACCUUAGUCGACAUGUACGUGAAGUGUGGAAGCUUGGUGGAUGCUCGCAGGGUUUUUGAGAGAGCUCCUUUCCACAACACGGUGCUGUGGAACGCUUUGGUGAUGGGAUAUGUUGAGAAUGGAGAAAGCGAGCUAGCUCUGGAGCUUCUCCCGUACAUGAAACGAGAGGGAUGUGAUCCAGAUGCUAGAACUUUCGUAGCAGCGCUCAAGGCUUGCGGAAGUUUUGCAACGACAGAAGAAGGUGAUGAUCUUGGUGGCAAUAGAAUACGGUGCUUGGAAAGAGGGAUGGCCUUGCAUUCCCAGGCUCUCGGACUCGACUCCUCGGACAUCUUCGUGGCCAGUGCUCUCAUCGACAUGUAUGGGAAGUAUGGAAGCCUGCUCGACGCACGAAGGGUUUUUGACAGGAUUGAGAUCUCUCGGCAUGAUGUGGUCUCGUGGACUGCUUUGAUCAUGGCCUGUGUGGAAAACCGUGAAGGAGGGCUGGCUUUGGAGCUGUUUGAGCACAUGAAAGCCUCGUCCUGUGCUCCAAACAGCCGAAGCUUCGUCGCUGCUUUGAAGGCAUGCACCAGCUUGGCAGCUAUAGAGGAACCACGGCAGGGUCUCGAAGGGAAGUUUGUCAAGAUCAAGACGUUACAGAGAGGUGCUUCACUCCACGCCGAAGCUGCUGGCCGUGGCUGCGAGGUGGAUAUCUUCGUGGCCAACACUCUCUUGGAGAUGUACACAGUUUGUGGAAGCAUGCUCGAGGCACGGAGAGUUUUCGACAGGACGAACGACCGAGACGUUACGUCGUGGAACUCGAUGAUACUGGGGUAUGUGGAGAAUGGAGAGGACGAGCUAGCGCUGGAGCUUAUCGAUCUUAUGGAGAAGAAACGAGAGUGUUUGCCGAAUGAUCUCACUUUUGUGACGGCUCUCAAAGCCUGUAGCAGUCUCGCCAUCAAGGAAACCGGUCAGAAGAUCUGCGGAAAGAUCGUUAAGCUCAACUCACUGGUCAAAGGCUUUGAUAUUCACUCAAAAAUCAUCUCCAAGAGCAGCUGCUGUGACUCGCUGAGCUACACAACCAACGCGCUCAUCGACAUGUACACGAAGUGUGGGAGCCUGGUGGAUGCACGAAGAGUAUUUGACAGGGUGGUUUCGCAAGACGUUGUUUCAUGGAACGUCUUGUUGCUUGGCUAUGCCGAGAACGGAGAAGAGUCUCUCACGUUGCAGCUAUUCCAAGCAAUGCUCGGUGCCGGCUGGUGCUGCAAGCCCGACUUUAGAACUUUUUGCGCUGCGUUCAAGGCUUGCAGCUGUCUCGCCGCCAAGGAAACUGGACAGGAACUCGCUGGAAAGGUCGUUAAGGUGGAAUCCUUGAGAAAAGCCAGGAUGCUACACUCACAGGCUCGGAGCUUUGGGAUCGGGCUGAAAGCUUACGUUGCAAGCUCUCUGGUGGAUAUGUUGGCAAAGUGUGGCAGCAUGGACGACUCUCGCGAAGUUUUUGACAGGGUACCUGUGCAUGAUACGUUUUCUUGGACCGCACUCAUGCUGGGAUACGCUGAAAGUGGUGACGGUGACCUUGCUAUGGAGCUCUACUCCCAGUCUAGGCCACCAGAACAGGACGCUCAAACUUUCAUCGCUCUUCUCAAGUGCGUUGGAGUUUUGGAGAGUGGAAAGAUCAUCCAUGGCAACAUGUGUAGAGCUGGGCUGGAAGAUGGUGCGGUUCUAGAGGCAACCUUGGUGGAUGUAUACGGAAAGUGGGGGAGCAUGGACGAUGCUCAACGCGUUUUUGACGCUCUCUCGGCUGCCAAAGACAAGCUCGUGUCCUGGAACGCGCUGCUUGGAGGCUAUGCCCGUCAAGGUGACACCAAGAACGCUUUGAGGCUGUUCGAGGAGAUGCAAGAGCAAGGCCUGGAGCCCGACUCAGUGACGUUCCUCUCGGUUCUCACUGCUUGCAGCCACGCUGGUCUAGGCGAGACCGGCAAGAGAUACUUCGAGACAAUGCAACUCAAGCACGGCAUUGAGCCAGGGAUGUCUCACUAUCACUGCAUGGUGGACGUUCUCGGCAGAGCCAACCGCGUGGAGGAGGCUGUCCAGCUCGUAAAGUCGAUGCCUUUCAAGGCGAAUGCAGUGACUUGGAGGACUGUUUUAAGUGCCUGUCGGAAAUGGAGGCACGAGGUGACUGGAAAGCUUGCGUUUGAGUCGGUGUUGGAGACUGAUUGUGGGGACUCUUCAGCUUACGUGUUGAUGGCGAACAUUUACAACGAGAGUGGCUCAUAACAACUGGAGCGGACGAGCAGACCAUGUCAACGGGAAGUUUGUGCGCAUGAAUGGCAUCGAGACAAAGUUUUUGGAACAGCAAAACUUUUCAGCAUGAUUGCUGCUCUUGGGCGACUUAGCUGGAAGUCCUUCCACUCACGUAUAAGAUAUCCUUGCGAUGCAAGUCCAGACAAGGAGCAUAUAAUUCGUAAAGAUGGUGUUUUUAUUUGACUGCCCAGUGGAGAACACACUGUGUAAAGCUACGUCUCAAGGUACAAGAAAGGAACCUUCUUUUUUAUUUUAUU